AUGUUGUUUCUGUUUCUUUUGAUAUGCCUUCUUGGCUUGGGCCAGGUGCAAGCCAAGGCUGUCUUUGCCCAUUUCAUGGUGGGCAACACGGCUUCUUUUGGUGUUGCUGACUGGAUUAGAAAUAUGAAUCUCGCCAUGGAAGCUCAUAUUGACGCUUUUGCACUCAAUAUCGCAGCAGGAUGGGUGGACAACGAUGCGCAGAUUGCUAAUGCUUUUACUGCAGCCGACUCUUUGGGCUUCAAGUUGUUUUUCUCCUUUGACUACGCAGGAAACGGACCGUGGGCUGAGUCCGAUGUUUAUAACCUUAUUCGAACAUAUGGGUCGAACACCGCCUACUAUCAUUAUAAUGGUGCCCCUUUUGUGUCAACUUUUGAAGGCACAGAUAACGCAAAUGACUGGAUCACCAUCAAAGCAGAGACGGGUUGCUUCUUCAUGCCAGACUGGUCCUCCCGAGGCGCUGAAGUGGCGCUCAAGCUUGGAGGGGGUGUUGCAGACGGACUUUUCAGCUGGGCGGCAUGGGCGUGGGGGUCUUGGAAUAUGACCACCUACGUGGACGCAUCGUAUAACCAGACCCUGAACGGCAAGCCCUACAUGAUGCCGGUCUCCCCAUGGUUUUUCACAAACCUGCCAGGGUAUAAAAAGAACUGGUUGUGGCGCAGCGAUGAUCUAUGGUAUGAUCGCUGGCAGCAGGUCUGGUAUUUCCAGCCGGAGUUCGUGGAGAUCAUUUCGUGGAACGACUUUGGAGAAUCUCACUACAUCGGGCCACUAGAUGACACCCAAUACAGUGCCUUCAAGAUUGGGAACGCACCAUAUAACUAUGUCGAAAACAUGCCACAUGAUGGCUGGCGCCAACUCCUUCCCUAUGUGAUUGACACCUAUAGAAACGGGCGUGCAACGUUUGAUACAGAAGUUCUUGUGACCUGGUAUCGCCCGACAUUGGCAAGUGCAUGUGGUGAUGGCGGAACGACAGCAAACACUGCAAGCCAACUCCAGAUUGAAUACCGACCAGUGGAUAUUGUGGACGAUCGUAUUUUCGUUUCUGCCUUGCUCAGUGAACCGGCCUACCUGACGAUCAACUAUGGCGUAGGUGAAUACGGUGUCGACUGGGAUUACACUCCAGAAGGUGGAGUGGGUAUCUACCACGCAAGUAUGGCCUUGAAUGGACAAACCGGGUCCGCCACGAUCCAGCUUCUGCGGGACUCUGGAGUUUUCAUUUCGUAUAACCCGUCGCAGGGUAUCUCUACGACCUGCACAAACGACAUUACCAAUUGGAACGUCUGGGUAGGCUCUGCGACGUACACACUGACCAGCACCAUUCCCCCUCCCCUCUCACUGAGCAAACAAGUCUGCGUACAAGGCUGGGGUGUAGGUAACUUUGAGGGACUCUUGUCCGGUUGGGGCAUGUGUCUGUACGAAUAUGGGACGGCAGUUGACACUACCCAAAGCGACAGGAGUGGUGGGCUAUCCAGCAAAUGUGCCUGCAGCACCACCAAAGUCCCCCCUUAUAUCCCCACAACAUCGCCAUUCAAUCCGCCCGCCUGUACUGGGGGUCAUGGUGAUGGUGGUUUUGCUGGCCUUUGCAGCUUUGCUUGCAACUAUGGAUACUGCCCUAUUCAUACUUGUACUUGCACCUCCACCGGGGCAUUAGUAGAGUCACCGCCCACUACUGAUGUGGUUGGCUCUUCGAAUAUCGGCCCAGACAAUGGAUUAUGCGCAUGGGCGUGCAGCCACGGAUACUGCCCCUCAGGUGCUUGCUCUAGUGGAUCGACAGGGUCCUCGGGCAGUCUGGUGCCCACUGGGUGGGUUUCGUUUGGGGAUUCCUUUAGUGCUGGACCUGGAGCGGGAUAUUAUCUCGACAAUUUUCUCAGCGGUUGCCUCAGAACUAAUAACUCAUAUCCCAUGCAGCUCAAUACAGCGCUGGAGGGACUAGUACCGAACGAUUUUAAGUUCGAAUUUCUGGCGUGCUCUGGGUCCUUAACGGAUGAUACGAAAAUGAGACAGCAACGUCGGACGUGGAGCAAUUCUUCCAAUUUCGGAACAAUUACCAUUGGUGGCAACGAUGCUGGGUUUGCAAAUGUUCUAAUUCAGUGCAUUCUCCAACCGCCUACCUAUGGGAAGUCGGGGCAUUGGUGGAGUGGCGAGACGUUUGAUUGCGAAGGCGAACUCUCCAAUUCACAGGCUAUCAUUGACGACGCAAAUUAUGUACAGGCUCUCGUCAGAGCAUAUACAAAUAUAUUUGCCGGUCCGCCCCUUGACCAGCAAUUCGACCUCUUUGUGGCGGGCUACAGUCGGUUCUUUGACACAAGCAAUGAGGCAGACUGUGGGACCCUCGGCAUGCUCUGGAACAAACCUACGAUUACUUACAAUUUACGGCAAUCAAUCAACUCCCUGGUCCUUCAGGUCAACGAAAAGAUCCAGCAAGCAGUUGCAGCUACUAAACUUACUGAGAACCGGUCCAUCACUUAUGUGGACUGGGAUUCACAGAUGGAUGGGCACCGCUUCUGCACCCCUGGUUACAGCAAUGAACCUAUUCAGAACAAAUAUGAAGCAGCUCAUGAGUACUUCUUUGCGGCAAUCGGCUCAGAAGAUAAUUAUCCGGGCGAAGAGGACAAGUGGCCCCCGUCAAGUAGUACGCCCUAUCCGCCAGAAAGUGGCACCUACUCAUUCUCCGUCGACCCCAAAACUUGUGCAGACAAUCUGGAUAACCCGGGUAACAUCUAUGAUCCCGACGAGCUUCUCAAUAUUUGGUGCACGUGGGCCAUUGAGGCAGCCGCGAACGCGUCCUUUGCCGCUGCAAUCGAAGCGUACUUUACUCCCCAGCCCGCCAGUUCAGCCGAUGAGAGUAUGACAGUGGCCUGGACAAAUAACGAGCUGGUUGUGACCUCUUCAGGUUCUCAGGGGGUGACAGCAAAAAUCUUUCAUCCUAAGAGCCUGGGACAUGGCCUCAUUGCCAAAGCCCUCUUAGCCGCUAUCAAGGAGAAGGAGUAG